AUGGUGGAGGUGAAGAUUGCGGUUGGCGCUAACUUCGUCUGUUAUCACUUUAAAGCUACCCUCUGUAGCCAGUCACCAUCACGGCAGCAACCUCGCCUUCAGACAGGCCGAGUAGUCAGGCAGGUGUACUAUGUACCAUUCGAUUUCGACCCGGUGAUUGCAACCUACGCAAAGAGCCGCCGCCUCAUAAAGAUCGAAAAAUUCUGUCACUGUCGGGUCAUCCUCCUGGAUCCGACGGACCCUCGAUGCGGCUACUGUCCCAACAACUACCGGACUAUUGAGGUCAACUUUGACGAGCACUAUGGGCACUACCUGGGCUUCAAGGGUCUGCUGAAUCAAUGCGCAACCUCCAAGAUUUACACCGCGCGAUUAGCUGCCACCAUAUUCAAGCGCCUCAGCGGCAUCGAAGUGGAGAUGGGACCGACGGACAUGCUCCUUCUGGAGCGCAGCAUGCCCAGGAUCACCUACGAUGCGAUGAGGUCAGAUCUCGUGGCCGGCACUGGCCUCGCCAUCGCACCAGCGGUAGACUCAGUUUAG